AUGACAGACUACACCUAUUACAGUUCAUCCGCGUCCAGAGGCUUCACCUUUUUGAUACCGUACCAUGUCCAAGCCAACUUUGUCAAGAUCACGAAGCAGCUACCUUCCGCCGUGCGUCCAGUCUACCGCGAGUAUUUUGGCGACAUCAUGGCAUGUCGAGAUCGAGCUCGAGACUCCGCUGAGAUGAUGCAAGCGUUCGUGAACGAGAACUUUCCGCGGAUUUCGAAGGACCAUAAUCGGCUAGCGAAUCUGAUGAAUACGGAGAUCGAUAAGCAGAGGAAGGGUGUGUUGGUUAAGAUACCAAUCACGGGCGAUGGGACAGCGGCUGAAGACGAUGAAGACGAACCGGUGGCGCAACCGCGAACAAGGGAGCAGGGUGUGGCUACGUCCGACAAAAAAGUAACACCAGAAGCUGUGUCCGAGGUUUCUGCGGAGGCGACAGUGCGGGAAGAGUCCCCGAAAGCAGCUCCUCCUCCGACCAUGGCGAAUACCAAGCUUGUUCGGCCAACUCUGCGUGAGGGCCCUGCGACAUCGCCGGCGUCCCCAACAGGCGUGAAUGGUGAACAAUCCGAGGUAGACGAAGAAGACAGCGAGCUGAGCGUGAUAUUGCUCGACACAUCAGAGCCUUGGAACGACUCGCUUUGGCCACACGGCGCCUGGAUCGACGGUCUAGAAGUCAUCGAUGCGCUUCCAUGGGCGCAGCCAAAACCGACCUAA